CGUGAGCCUCAGCCCUAGGAACAACAUAGAGCUGCGUUAUAAAGACAGUAACAUCGGCUGGUCCUACCCUACCUACCGGGACACCUUCAAUGACUCCCGACUCAGGGAUGUACAGCUGCUGGGUCACACUUUGUGACGGAUCGGAGUGUCUCAAAGACCCCGACCGCACCUCCAGGACUUCCAACUACUUCACAGACAAGGAUGAUGUCUUCGUCCCCUCCGCCAUCCACUUUGAGAUUGUCUACCUGCAUCCGGACAGGACUGCUGUUAUCCCAUGUCGUGUGACCAGUCCGCUGGACAAGGUGUUCCUGCACAGAGAGGUCCCCCCAGAGGAGAUGGAAGUGGAUGAGACGCUGGUCUCCUACGACCCAACCAAGGACUUCAUCCUCCAGAAACCAAGGCCAUCCCACAGAUCUCCACAAAGUCCCAGCUGUUUUACGUGGAGACUUGUGAGACACACCACCCGCAUCUUCCAGAGCGUCAUGGCCGUCGAUGACCUGGAGACCAUCGACUUUGGAAGAUACAUCUGCAGAGCCAAGAAGCAGCACGGGGAGAUCGCAGUGGCCACCACCGUCCACUCUAACUAGCUAGACAGCAAGAGAGAACACUUAGAACCUGUAUAGGAUCAUUCCACUUCAGGGGCUACUUCACAUUAGGCCUCUUGCAGCUUGAGUAGAUUUCAUCUAUGUUUGCCACUUUGCUGAGGUUGAUUGACCAAUAAGGCUAGCACAGGGAUUAUACUAGUUGAGCUAUUAGAAAACCACAGUGUCAGUUUGACUAGCUCUGUUAUCCAGUCAAAAUCUGAAUGUAAAUAUCAAUUUAGAAAUCUGAAUGUAUCCAGCUUAUGUAGAUGCACAUUUACUCAAUGUGUCGGAGGACAUUAUUAAAGAUUUGUCCAUAACUUUACCUCCUCUACAAUGUAUUUAUGGUGAAACUCUUAUUGGUAGGACAGAUGGAUCUGUAUCCCCACACACCUUUCCCUUCUGCGGGGAAAGACAUUUUACAAUGAAACAAUAUUGGAUGCUUUGUUGGGGGAUUUGUCUAAAAGGAAGACCAUCAUGUGAGAGAAGCCUCUGCUCCCUCUGUCUGGUGUGAAGGGGAAUCAAAUAGAAACAGUGUGCCCUGCCUCACUCCUAAUGGGCUCCGUAUGUGGAAUGUGAAACGCAGGCCCAGAUCUUAUUUUGGUCCAGUGUAACACACUGACUGCAUUUCCCACCUCUCUCUCAACAGAAACGCACUAGGCAGUUUAUAUAUAUAUUUUUUCCUCUUUU